AUGGCAAUGGGAGUACUACCAUGUUCCUUCAUCAUUGCUAUAGUGAUCGUGGUGUGCUGGACGGAUUUCGUUCUUUCAUGUCCAUCUUCCUGUAACUGUUUCCAGGAUAAUUUCGGAACAACUGUUCGAUGUCGGAAUAGAGCUAUCAGCUCAGUGAUCUCGGGACUGCCUGUACACACCAAACGUCUGGAAAUUCUUGCUGCCCAGGGUGUAUCCAGCCUGUCACAGACCACCUUUGAUGGUGGCAACAUUGGGACUGUUAAUUCACUGUUGAUACAGGACAGCAGAAUACAGAGUAUUGGUGAUAACACUUUUUCCAAGUUCACCAGUCUGAACACCCUCAAUCUUACCCAUAAUAGUAUCAGAUCAAUCACUAAGAAUGCUUUUGCUGGACUCGUCAAGCUCGAAACACUUGAUCUCUCGUCAAAUGAUAUGCAACAGAUAGAAGAGGAGUUUGUUCCAUUGAUACAACUUCAGCAUCUUGAUUUGAGCUCCAAUUCUAUAACCAGUAUCCAGAACGGUGCCUUUAACGCUCAGGUGAUACUUCGAUUUCUCAGACUUGAUUCAAACAAAUUACAAACAAUUCAUGGUCACACAUUUCAGGGCCUGAUAAACCUUCGUACACUGAAGAUACGAAACUGUGGCUUACAUUCAUUGGCCACUGACCUAUUUAAUAUCAUUCGCCACCUGCAGACCCUAGACAUUGGUGACAAUCUCAUUUAUCAGUUGCCUUCCACGGAGACCUUUCAACAUAUCCCAGCUGCAUUACAGCACUUUAUUGCGGACGGCAACCAAAUAUCUGCUCUUGUCAGACAUCAGUUCUCGCGAUUGAACCUAAAUACUCUUGAUUUAUCUCGUAAUAGGAUCAAUUUUCUAUCUCAUGCAUCUUUUGCUGAGUGUAAUGUGCGAAACUUAUACCUAUCAUCUAAUUCAAUAACUAGCAUUGAAGAAAAUGCAUUGGCUUCUUUAGCGCCUCAGCUGGAGAGAUUGGUUCUAUCUAAGAACCCGUUACGUUCCAUACCGCUUCACGUGUUUGAUGGUCUGUACAGGCUAAUAUACCUAAAUUUAAGUACAUGUUCUCUCAGUAAGCUGGAAGAUUUACAAUUCCAGUCAUUACAGAGUUUGCGAAGCUUAGAUUUGUCUAUAAAUUCUUUACAGUAUAUACCCAAAGUAGCAGUUGAUAAAUUUGAAAAUCUUCAAGAGCUUGGACUUUAUGGCAAUCAGUGGCACUGCGAUUGCCACAUUAGACCUUUAUGGAACUGGUUACAGGGGUUUGUUCAUGGAAUUUUAUUGUGCCCUACAGGGCAAAAUAUAGCAAUAUAUAGUAACUGUAAGACACCAUUGUGUGGUUCACCAGCCAAUGUGAGGAAUUCACCUGUAGCCUCAUUGUCUGAAGGAAGUAUUCAGGCGUGUCAAGUAAUGGGAGACGAAGAGACAAUGUCUGUUGGAACAAUCAUUGGCCUUACUCUAGGCAGCAUGGCUGUCAUAAUUUUAUUUGCAAUCUUAGUUAUUUGUAUCUGUCGUCAUCGACAUGGUCGUCCUUUACCUACCAUAUGCAGAGCCAACUCAACUGCGAGUAGUCACAAGGAAGACCGGGAGAAGUCCACCACACCAUUCAAGGAUGUAGACAUGGGCUCUUUGAAUGAGUCUGAUAAAGAUUUUGUGGUGAAGCGCUACUUUCGCUCAAUGGAGAACCAACCCACAAGUGUGGCGUCCUACCGUGGGACUCCAUCCUUGUCACACAAGGAAUUUGAUUUUAAUGGUUCAUGUCCUUCAAUUCACAGUGUAAACAGUGUGUUCAAUGGGCCAAUAGGAUACGAGUCUACUGUAUGA